UACAAAAAAUAUAUCCUGUAACCCUUGUGAGGAGAAAUACAAUUAUCGUGUUAAAAAAUACUGCAGAAUGUGCAAAGUACUCUAAGAAGAACGAUUUCGGUUUCGAUAUUGCCGAGAAAACUAAAGCGGCUUAUACGGUCUGAUAAAAAAAAGAGAAGGCGUCUUACGGAAUGUUCUACUCCCUGCAAAUAUGCUAAUUUUGAAAAAGCAAUAUUAUUUACCGGACACGCUUUGACAAGCCGACAAGGGUCAUCAAGCAAACCGAAAUAAAAAUAGCAAGCAAACACGCUCCCAUGGCCUUUCACGAGAAAAUUCUUUUGUUGCACAGGUGAUGAGAAGACAAAUUAAGUUAACUUACAUUUUAAAACAGAAAAGAAAACGACCACAGUAAGGCUCACCAUUUACAUAUGAUUACGACGUUUACACCUUAAGCUUCCUUGGUGAUAAAGGUCACUUAAAAUCUACAUCAGAUGAUUGCAUUCAGAUGUCAAAGGAGUGACUAAGCUCCCGCGUGGCGUAUGCUUGCUCUUGCAUCAUACACUGAGUCGUGUCCUCUCGUAAUUACGUGAUGACGCAAGUUCACUUUAUGGAGGCUCCAUGAGGUUUUUGCUCAAUAUUGGCUCGCACACCAGAGUAUUGUUCCUCAAGAAAACUUUUGUAUGUUUUCGCUUUCCAGGUCACUAAAAGCCAUCAAAAAGGCGGUGAGCAACAUUUGGACCAUGGAGCAGAGGGUAUUCGACGCUUAAAUCUACGAGAGAAAUUCAGAAGACCAGAGAAGGAUUAUGGAUGCUCUUAUCAAUGAACGACAGCCGCCGGGACGGUGUAAAACUUUGUCGCAAGAAAUUAAAGCGCCAAGAAAGAGUCAAAUGAAGGAUGGAUUAACAGAACGAAUUCCACAAGGAAAUUUACAACGGAAGUAUGAAUACAAACGAACAAGCUCAAAAUCGUUUCCCACCUUUCAUCCCCCUUCCCCCCUCUAGCUCCCCCACUCGUCGGCACCCAGAUGGCUCCGUAAGUCGUAUACGGGGCCCGUAUCGGUGGGCAUUACUUCACGAAUACUUGUCACAACCUAAGACGCCAUCUUGGAAAUGCGAAGAGAACAUAAAGGAGUUCGGGAGGGAAGCCGAAAUCUCGCCCUCUACAAAAACCUCCAAUGAGUCAUUCCCAUUCAGAAGAACGGACUUUUGAGGUAAGUAAAAGACUAAUUGCUGCAACAAAAGAGCAUAGGGCAAAGCACACGAAAACAAGCACAUAGGAAACUGAGGAACCCAAAGUUACUGCAGAUUUUUAGCAACGGCUAAGAUUCAGGUAUCUCGUUGAACUAAAGAUGCGCUCACUUUACAAUAUCAAAUCAUAUAUUUAUCAUUCAUGGGAGUAGUUGGUGCGCUAUAGGUAAUUCUCUUUGAACUUCAAAUCCAUGUAUAUUUGUAUAGACAGGAUUGUUAUGUAUAGAGCGCAAGAAUGUCUUGGUGUAAAGGGCAUUAAACUUUGUUAACGCUCGACUUACUGUUUGUGACUACUUUAAUAUCAAUGUCAUUUUUACAUCAAACGGGGUAAAUUAUAAUGAGAAAAUUAAAAUAAGUCAGCAUUCUAGGAACUUGCGGUCUGCAUCUAAGCAGCCGUUGGAAAAACCUCCACCAUUAACGAAAAAUUGCGGGAUAAAGGCUUUUCAGUGUGAGCCCCUAAACUGUGGAAGUCACUACCAUUCGACUUGGGCAAGUCACCAUCUUUAACUGGUUUUAGGAAAUUUGAGCCAAUUCUUGGAGAGUAGGUCAAUGUGUUUGUCGAACGAUAUCAAUACUUGUCAUGCAUCUUAUAUCGAUACUUAUGAAAUGUAGCAUAAAUUGUUAUGGCAUAAGUUUUAAAAGUAGGACUAACUUAGAUUGAUUGUAAAAAGAUUUUAAUUUAUUUUAUUUCAUGCCUUUGAUAUUGAGAAGUGCUAUGAGCUCAGGAUGUAAGCGCUAUAGAAAUAAAGUAAUUAUUAUUAUCAUUACUUUUAUUGUUAUUGUUAUUACUAUUAUUAUUAUUAUUAUUAUUAUUAUAUGUUAUUAUGAUUAUUAUUGCUUUAAAAUAGUGUAUACCUGAAAGUAUGAUAAUAUAUCGUUGUAUGAACAGUGUGUUCCAGAAAUCAUGAUUCAGCUACAUCAAGCUUUGUGCAAGCUAGUGGCGGCAUUGAUGGAGUACUUGGACAUGACUUCUUCUGAGGGAGUUGGAUAUCAAGCUAGGAGGUAAUUAAAGAGAUAUUUGGCAUACAAAAAUGGCUUUACAUUAAAAAUCAGCACGUUCAGCGAGGUUUGACUGGUAAUAGUCUCAAUUAUGACUACAAAUGUCCGUUAUUUCAUGUUAGUGUAUGGAGCCGUUGUUUUUGGCAACUUCAAUGUCAAACUCAUGCACAUCCUUAAGUUAAGCGUUUUCCCUGAUAAAUGAUGGCAUUAAAUCAUAAUGAAAUAUUAGGAGAUUGGCCUAAUUUUCAUGAGUUUAAAUGUCACUAAUGGAGAAAUGCAGUAAAUUAGUGUUCAGAGACCGUUUUGUGACUGCAUGCAAAGGCCACGCUUUUAACUCGCAAACAAAUUCAACCAAGAAUUAUUGUUAUUAUUCCUGACAGGGAAGAAAAUAGUAAAAGAUGGAGAAACCUCGAUUGGGUAAGUGUUUGCCUAAUUAAUUUAGGUACAUUGAUUCUUCAGAGAAUUGCAGAGGGGCACAGGUUGUGGACAGUACCUUCGAUAGCCUCUGGGGUUUUUAUAGAAACUCAUCUUUCCAACAAAGGGAUCCAAGGAAAAAGAUGUGUAAUGAGAACUUUUAGUCCUUUUCACGAAGAACUAACGCAAUAUGCAAGCAAUCUACCACAAAAACUAAAAAAGCCUGAGAGCUUUCCCAAAACAAAAAAAAGGCAAAACCAAAGAUGUCCAACAAUUGUACAGUAGGUCUGCAGUAGAUAUUUUUCAAGCUACAGGGCGUGUCUAAAACUGUUAGUUGUUGGCAUAGCUAUCGGUGUGUUGGUUGUAAUUGCAGGAAAUGAUUUCACAGAGGAAUAACAUGCUCAAAUCUCAACUCUUCUAUUGAACAAUUAUACGGGACGUGGAAAAUUGUAACGCUGAGUGAGCGUUAGUGCUAGUUGUUUAAUGUAAGGGAAGUUAAAACCUUAAGCUUUUGUAAGAACUCAGUCUUAUCUACUUCGACUUUGUAGGAAAAGCCAGAAGAAGUAAUCAAAUCUUUUAUCAUGUGCCUACGACAACAGAACAAAAUACUGCGAGUAAGUUUUAAAAUAGAACUUGUAAUCUCGUUAUUAACAAAACAAAUCGAACAAGUACAAGUCAAAAUUAAAUUCUUUCACUUAUAUUUCCCUGCAGGAGGAUUUUAGCCAAGAAAGAAAGAAUUUAUCAAACCUUGCCAAACACCUUUGGAAAUAUCUCCUUUUAGACAAUUCAACAAGAAUAAGAGCAUUUUCAAGGUAAAUUAACAUUUGUGCUCAGCCUCAUUUAGCACUCUUAUCAAGAAUUCAAGGCAAAUAUGCCGGGAGGUUGCAUACAAAGUGCUGGAAAAAAUGUGUGUGAUCUAAAGUAUGUUUUCUUUGAUGUUGUAGUAUGUACCGUGACGGAGUAUGGAGACAAUUCGCCAUGGUAAGUAGAGCCAAAAGUAAUAAAAUAACCACCAAUAAUAGAGAUGAAUGGGGCAAAAAAUUACUCUACAUAAUUAUGAAGCAUAGAAUUUGUUAAAUCAUAAACAAAACAGAAACAUUGGAUAACAUUGCAAUGCUUAAAUUUCCUAGGUUUUUUCAGGCAAGCAUAGUAAUUAGAGGCAGUCUCAUAGAUUCCCUCAACCAUUUCCUGAUAUUCCAAGCGAAUGUUUUAAUACAAAAGUUGCUUAAAAUGGAACGAGCACUAUUUUACUAGAUAUUCCAGUAAGGCAGAACUAAAGAUUGAUCAACUUGUGUCAAACCUCGAAAACUGAUGUUUUUGCAAAUGUCUUGCUGUCUAAUUUACAGCGAUAUGGGACAACGUUUGAGGAAAGAAUACAACACUUGCUGCAAUUCUUUACGGUGUUUGCCUCAAAGUUGAAACCACAGGCCUCGCAGUUAACAAGGUAAUUAACAGAAUUAUCCAAUAGGCGGGGCAUUAAAAACUUAUUCACUAGAUGACAAUCACACAAGGAUCAUCCAGUACUAAGUACUAUACUGAGUAUUAAAUUAUGACAAAGUAGAAUACAAGACUUGCAGAGUAUAGAGUUAUCCCCUCCAUUUUUUUACGUGCCUAGCCACAACAAAGGCAGCAAAAUUUUAUAUAAAGCUGACGUUAUUUUGCCACCCACCCAAAUAAAUUUCUUGAUUGGCAUUGGUGAUUGAAUGGUACCACAUGACCAGCAUAAUGUUUUGCAUAUGGCUACUCCAUUGUAAGGCAAGUUAAGAUGUAGUUGUAAGAAAUAGGAAGCAGUUGGUGAAAGCUCCUCUGGUCUCUGACCUUUACUAUUUUCAAAAUUAUAGUGGAAACCGACCAGACAAUUCGUAACUCGCUGUCUCCUAUAUUUCAUAGAGAAAUUAAUUUAGAAGCUGUCUAAAAAUACAUGAGAAAAUAGGAAGUCUAAUAGGAAGACCCCUUGCCGCCUAAAUGGGAUAAAGAGCAAUAUGGAAAGACUCUGGAAAAUGUGGCAACAUCUCUACAACUCUCUCAGCUUAUUAGGAGAGCUGGACACUGAUCCUUCCAUUUGGAAUCACAAUAAUACAUGUGCGGCUCCCACAAAAAUCCAGACUCAAAAACCCACUUUGCCUGUACUAAUGCACCAACUCUAUGUCUGUGGUUUCUGGUUGAGCUAAUUAUGAAAUACUGGUAGCACAUCUCUGUGUGGUGUAGCAAACCAUAGAGCAUGAUCGGAAGUUAGAAUGACUUUCUUAUUGAGGACACCAUGACCAUUGGUUGGGACAACAUUUGCAUUUGGAAUAAAAUUUACGUUUCCAUUAUUUUAAACUCUCUACGGCCACUCUCAGUGAUUCCUUAACUAAUUGGAUGCAGGUUCCUUUCCCCCUCACACAAUCAAGUUAUCUCAGAGGCUUAAAAAUGUAUCAACAAUUGUGGCAGGAUCCUGACUUUCCCUUGUGAAGAUAUGACAAUCUCUCGUAAUGCAACAUUAUGACCUCACCCUAGUUUUUUUUUGGUUUGUUUGUGCAGAUCUGAUGAUGAUAUCAACCUGGAAAAAUAUGGGAUUCUAAAUGAAUAUUCGGUGAGUUAAUGUCAUUGUAGAUAAAACUCAACUCACUGUCAUGUUAUGUCAAGUAUGUCUAUUAAAAAAAACCUUUGGGUUACUUUCCCCACUCUCUCCACUCCAAAUAAUGAGACUUAUCAGAUUCCAAAGAAUAAUCUCUUAUCAAAAUAACAAAUGUAUUAGAAAAUCCAUGGCCUUUACGCACAUUAUAGGUUUGCAUAUGCAUCAAGGACAAGGAAACAAUUGUAAAGCUCAGUAAUGUCCUAAUCACAGUAAAAUGUAACCUUUUCCGAAACAAGACACUGAGACAACAAAUAGGUAACACUUCCAUGUGUUGUUUGAUCCACAGGAGUCGCUGUAAUCAGCUGCUGCAUUGGACUAUUCCAGCAAUUGAAUACAAAAGGGUGAAAAAAGAGAGUUAAUGUAACUUAAUUCAAAUGUUUAAAAAACUCCAUGUAACCCAAUUCUAAAAUCGGAAUAGUCCAUACGAUUUACCUUGCUGGGCUGCUUGAUUCUAAACUGGUAAUUGAUUUAUAUGACAAGCUGCAACAGUUGGAUUGUUCGGGGCAUUUCAUAUUUAGUUUUGUACUGAUUUAAUGACAUUGAAUACUUUUACAGUAGAGAAAAUUAUUUAAUAUGGCAAAACGAGUAAAAUGUUCAGACAUUCGUAAAAUAAUUCGAUGAAAGGGUUAAGAACUGCCGAAACUCUUUUGGAAGAAAGAAGAGGUAGCUGUGACCUUUUGCCAUCAAACUAUCUAGAACUUGUCUUCGCUUCAUUUAUCAUCAAAGAGGAUAACAAAUGUUUUGGAGGUCUGAUCACAUUUGUGAUUUUAGUUUCUCAGUUUUCCCAGUUAAAUUUAAAAAGGCUGGCAAUAAAGAUGUUUGAAGUAUUGCUAGUCACCUUAGUGGUAGUCUCACCACAGUUGGAAAAUUUCUACUUUCCAAAAGUUGAAAAAAAGUUGAAUUAAGGUUAAACCUUAGCAAUAACUGAAGCCAGUUAUUUAAUAAUCAGACUAUAUUUUAUACUCUACAUAUGGAUGGCUUGAUCUAUAUGUGUACAAAGCACAUAUUUCAGUUUCUUUAAUUUUCAGUAUAGAUACAAAGCGUAAUAAACAUCACCUUCACUUUAGCGAUGUACCUAUACAGUGAAAGUCUAUUAUCUUAUUGAUGUAACUUAUCAAUUCUGAACUGUUUGAGGAUAUUUUCUUGGUUAAUAUAAGUAUAUUUGCUGGUCAUAUCUUAAUAACUUUCCUAAUGAUGCGUUUUGUAAUAAAUGAAUAAACAAAGAAAUAGAUGAGUUCAGAUUUUGG